AGGACCUCCGCGCAGAAACGAUGUCUUCCUUCUCUUCCGUCUGGUCGCGCACAAUGUCGACUAUGACCAGAUCCACCACGGACACCUCGACGUCAGCGCCACACACUCCUUCGUCGUCGAGCGUGAUUACUGGACUCAAGGCUGCGCUGGGUUCAGGGUCCUUCUUCCACGCGCACUUGCAGGAAGGACAACGCUUUUCGGACGAAGCCUCUUCGCCAGACGGAGUGCGCUAUGAAGUUUCGGCGUACGCGAUAGGUCCGAACAACGGAGUCACUCCCGGCGCGUACCCACGAAAGCCGAAUAAAGCGGCUUUCGUACGUGAAGAGCAAACUCAUGUUUCAACACGUCAUGGUGCAGAAAAGCCUGCAAGCGGUGCGCUCACCCCUCUGUCUUCUUCCCCACCGACGCACACCAGUCUGCCAGCUCAGGCUCAAGCGUCGCGGUCCCCAGUGAGGAAGUGGACCCGUUCUGCGUCUGCGACGGCAAUGUCAUCAGAUAACCAGGGCGUCUGGGAGAUGCUUUCUGAUACUCAGGCGGUUCCAAGCAACGCGGCGCCCACACAGCGACGAUAUCACUACAUCACGCGUAGUCAAUCUGCAGAUGCAGCCGCUGAUGCGGUCCAUCUGCAGCAAGCUCCCAAAAUGCGCAAACAGAACGCAUCAUACAGCCCAGGAUUUAGUGCUCCUAUUUAUUCAGAGACAGCAGAGAACAUUCCCGCAGGUCCCGGAGCCCCGUCUGCCUGGUGCCCUUCUUCUGGCCGAUACUUGUCACCCAUUGAAGAAGUUCAGUCUUGUCCUGAGAAGCAGGUUGAUUCGGCAUCUCUGCAUUCGACGACAUCUGCUCAAUCUAAUCUUUUUAUACAUCGCUCCGUUCGGCGAACGGGCUCAACCUCAACAUUUAACUCUAGCCACUCUGCAGUAUCACGGACGCUGGAUGACUUGAGUGGUCCACAUAGCAUAAGUCCUUCACGGACUCAUGGUCAAGCUCGGCCGUUCCCCGCACUACCUGUUAUUCCAGCAAGCCCACGCGAAUCACAGAAUGUGUUUGAGCAGGAUCAAGCUGCUUUGGAAGAAGCUACUCUGGUAUACCCUAUGCCUGUCGACUAUCCGCAGAAAGCGGAGUAUCCGGAAUUCGAUCCUCCGGAAGAGCAGGACCUGGGUGGAACGCUUUCGACACCACGUUUCGCUAUACCACAUUAUCACUUUGAAUCUGAUACAGUGGAGGAACAAGAUUUGGGUGAAGGGCUACAGAAUAGGGUUUCCAUACCUCACUCUCGCACACCAUCACUUUUGACGCGCUCCGAAUCCAUUCGGACGGAGUUAACGUAUCUGACCGCUCAAGAUUCCGCGGCAAGUCGAAGAGCAAGCGCCGUUCCUCCCGGAGAUCUUGAAGCAGGGCAACAACAACGUUCGCAACCUCUAGAUGGAGAUACGACACUUGUCGACUCGUCUACGAAAGGUACAAACCCUGCUGCUCGCCUUAAAGCUUCCCUCGACACGCUUCUCUCUAAAUCACCCAAAAUGCGUAAGUCGCCUGGUCCAGGCUCAGAACCGGCCGCACCCGAUGUAGCAAGCACUGUUACUGUCUCUUCAAAAGCCGCGAAGUUGUUUGCACAGUUGCAAGAGGGUCUGAAGAACCACGCACCAUGGCGAGAGGGUAAGGGAAAACCUGCUGAGGUGCUAUUUUGGGUGGGAUUUCUAGCACCUUGGUGCUGGCUCAUAGGCGGGUGGAUGCUGGCCCGCAGUGGGGGAACGAGGGCUGAAGGUCUUCCAAGCGGUGCAAAGGAAUCGGUAUUACCCUUGUACAAUCGUUCAAGCUCUCAACCGCCUCAACGACAAUCGCAGGACGUAGGUGGGCUUGCCGUGGCGGAUACACCUGAGAAACGUGUCCCGGAAUCAAUAUCCAUAUGGCGAGCAGCGAAAAAUUCGUCAGUUGAGUUGCUUGGUUCGUUGCGUGGGCACCGCGAGAAGGAGGGUUCACCGCCGUCGACCGUGCGCGCGGUGCAGCUGCGCGGCGACGUACCAGUCCAAAUAAUGGUUUGUACGCACCUUGACCCCUGGGUGACGCGCUGCCGGGUUGCGGCUAUUGUGAGCGGAAUGUUCAUCCUGGCGUUGUGCAUUGUCGCGCUCGUCGUCCUAGCCCGGUCUUUGUGAGUUUUGCUUAGUUAAUCCGUUCAUUCGGCUCUGUGGGGGUUUCUUUCAUAUUUCUUUCAUUCUCGCCUUUGUCCAAUUCAUUCGUGCGAUGCCUAUAACAAUGCUCUCGUUCUCUUGUUUCGUCCAUUUGCGCAUUACACGACUCAUUCUCUUUGAGUCACAAGAAUCUCUAUUUUUCCUUAGAUCAGUUUCUUUUGUGUAUCACACGCCGUGAUCAAACGUGUUAUCAC